GAAGAAGAGUAGCCCAGAGAGGCUAGCUGGUCCAGACAUGUCAGAGAACUGACAGUAAUGCUAACUUGGCCGCAGUAGUUAGCGAGUUAUCAAAAAGUCUCUGGAAGCUUAAAGGAGUGAAUAAAGGGCACCACACCUCACCAAGUGGCCUGCGUAGAGGGUUGACAAACCGGUAAAACAUUACGGAUCCUGGACCUUUGAUACCUGACAACAGCUUGGUAGCUAGCAUUAGCUGGCUAGCUGUGGAGCUCCCGAAAAGUAACGUCAGGGUUUGUUUGAGACAGUCAUGUCGGCGGCCGGAGACUUCGGGAACCCUUUAAGGAAAUUUAAAUUGGUCUUUCUCGGGGAACAGAGUGUGGGAAAGACUUCGCUGAUCACCAGGUUCAUGUAUGACAGCUUCGACAACACUUACCAAGCCACAAUAGGAAUAGAUUUCCUGUCGAAAACCAUGUAUCUUGAAGACAGAACAAUCAGGUUGCAGUUGUGGGAUACAGCAGGGCAAGAGCGGUUUCGUAGCCUUAUCCCGAGUUACAUCAGAGACUCUGCUGCUGCCGUUGUAGUGUAUGACAUUACAAACGUCAACUCUUUCCAGCAAACCACAAAAUGGAUUGACGAUGUGAGAACAGAGAGAGGAAGUGAUGUCAUUAUCAUGUUGGUGGGAAAUAAGACAGACCUUGCGGACAAAAGACAGAUAACCACAGAAGAGGGAGAACAGAGAGCGAAAGAGAUGAAUGUUCUGUUUAUUGAAACAAGUGCAAAGACAGGCUACAAUGUCAAACAGCUUUUCCGUCGCGUGGCAGCCGCCCUGCCUGGCAUGGAUACCACACAGGACAAGAGUAGAGAGGACAUGAUUGACAUAAAGCUGGAGAAGCCACCAGAGCAACCCGUCAAUGACGGAGGCUGUUCCUGCUAAUGCCAGCCUAUUUCACUGCUAAAUAUUUCUCUUACUGGGUUUUUCCGUAUCUGUAUCUCACUGCACCUGUCUCUGUUCCCCAGCCUGAAAGAGAACACUAAAUCCGUUAUCCUCGCCAUUGUGGAACCCCUACUCUGUCAUCUGGAUGCUCUGAAAGUAAUAUUUGCACUCUUAACACACAUACGUUGAAAUGGUAUUUACAGCUGUUUUUGUGAUUUCAAACAGACAAAGAUGGCAGCAGGACACUAAUAAGUCAUAUUGCUGUAGUUUGUGUCUAAAAGAUGAGUUUUUGAACCAAAUUGAAUGAAAGAAAAUGUGUGUUUACAAGACAAAAUCAAGGUAUGUGUAUAGGAGUGACAAUAUUCUUUAAAAAAUGUUAAACAUUGCUUUAAGUUUCAUAAGAACAAUGUGGAUGUUUUAUGCAUUCGUCAGUUAACAUGACGUGUGUUGUUGCAAUUGACUGGCAAGGAUUCAUUCAUGAGUUGUGUAAACAACAAACUGUUCUUUUUUACAACUGAUUGGAAAUAAUGUAUGGAAACGGUUUGCAAAGUUGCAAAUCAGCGGGGACAUCUCAAUGUCGACACGUUUGCCGUUGGAACCGUGAACCUAGUUUAAACUGAGUGUGCGCUUUGUGGUGCCUCUACCAGCAGAGUCAGCUCUCCCAACAUGUACCAGCGUGAUAUGACGAGCCGACACACAGUCACACACACCAGAGCGUCUCAGACUAACACACGACACAUACUACAAGAGCAACACUACUGCUGCACACUUCCACCCACCCACAUUACCGUCCUUCCUCUCUUCCCACACUUGUUCCUUGAGACGCGUUAUUUUUACCUUGGAUUCCAUUUUCUAUUACCUUUUUAUUUAGAUCUAUCUUUAAUUUUUUUUUUUUUUUUCCUGAAGACUACAGCAGUCAUAGAUUAAAACUUAUUUCUUUGAUGAUAGUCUUUGAGGAGGAUUUUCUCAUAUUAAGAGUCAUAAUCAUAAAACCCACCAUAAACCAGAUAUGGAGACAUAUGCCUUUUGGCGUUUAAUUAUAGAGGGCUUCCUUGACUUUUGGGUUUAUCUAGUUAAGUUUGGUAUGAUGUUUUAUAAACACGCAAUACUUUGUUUUCUUUUGCUUGUUUUUAUUUUUUGGCAUUGAUUUUUUGUUAGUGAUUAUUCUACAUGUGUAUUUAAUCCACAAUGACUUCUUGUAAUAUUUAUUUCUAUUGGAUUCAUCUUUUUUUUAUGGCUGUUAAUAUCUUCACUUUUUGGUAUGAGUCCUCGCUAAUAAAAUAUGCAUCCAUCUGGACCACCUUUAACAGAAUCAGUAGAGUGUCUGCUGUUCACUCUGUCACCUUUUUAAAUGGCAAUUUGAUCAAACUGAUAAAACCAUGCAAUGUUUGUGUGUGCUUAUUGAGGAGAGUCUGACUUGUAUAGCAUAGUAGUCCUUAACGUUUCUGUCUGGAAUGGUUUUAAAUGAAAGAAUAAAAAUACACUUGUCACUGC